AUGAGGAAAUCUCAAGCACCUUCAUUUAAAACAAACACUUCGCCGAUACGUAGAAAUAUAAUUAGUUUUAAUAAAAAUAAUAAUCCUCCAGAUUCAAAUGAUAAAAGCAAACGAAGUACCGAAAGCGUGCUUGAUUUACUGUUAAAUUUAGAUUCUACUUCCGUUAAAAGUAAAAACGAUUUUUUUGAAGAUGAUAGUUUUAAAAACUCUAAUAUUAAUACCAAUACUUUAGAUGUAGUAGAACAAAAUAAAAUAACUGAUUCUAACUCGAUAUGCAUACCUGAAAAUAGUGAGCAGUGUGAAAUUGUAUAUAAUGUAGUUUAUGGAAAGCAAACGAAAAAAAAACAUAAAACUUGGGAAGGUGAUGGUAUUUUAGAAGUCGGAUCAAAGUAUGUUACACUUAAAGAUGAAAAUGGGGUUGUUAUUGGUAAAGCACAAUGUAGUAAAGCUCGAAAACUUGAAGAAGGUGUAAGAUUUUGCAUUGGCAGCAAGGAAGUCGAGUUGUUAGAUUUAGUUGAAACUAAAGAUCGUAAAAAAAAAAAUUUAUCGAUAAAAGAAAAUAAUGAAAAAGUUAUUCCACAACUUCCUAAAAUCCUUAAAUCUAACAAUUCUAAUAAAAAAUUUAAAACUCCCAGAUCAUGUUUUGAAGCUGGUAUACCUUUACCCAAUCCCACUACCGAACAUCAGUGGCAUUUUAACCAGUCAGGUGCAAAGGUGACUCCAGUGUAUAUAGAAGAAUCAUUAUCGAAAAAAUUACGACAACAUCAACUUGAAGGAAUAAUUUUUUUAUAUGAAUCCAUUAUGGGAUACAAAGAUAUUAAUUAUAAUGGAGUAAUAUUAGCUGAUGAAAUGGGCCUUGGAAAAACUCUUCAAUGCAUUUCAUUAAUUUGGACUUUGCUUAAACAAGGACCUUACAAUAAAAAACCUGUGAUAAAAAGAGUUUUAAUCGUUACACCCACAAGUUUGAUUAUGAAUUGGUACAAUGAAUUUAUCAAAUGGCUUGGAAGAGUUAAAAUAGUUCCUUAUGUUGUUAAUCAAAAAAAUAAACCAUCUGAAAUAAAAUAUCACUCUGUUGUGAUUAUUUCAUAUGAAAUGUUAAUCAGGUGCGUGAAUAACGUGAUGGAGCACAACGUAGAUUUAUUAGUGUGUGAUGAAGCUCACAGGAUAAAAAAUUCAAAUAUAAAAACGGCUCAAGUACUUAAUCAAUUAAAUUGUAAAAAAAAAAUUCUAUUAACUGGAACUCCGCUACAAAACGACCUUCAAGAAUUGUACACUCUUAUAGAUUUUGCCAAUCCGAAUAUUUUAGGGAGUCCAUCGCAAUUUCGAAUUCAAUUUGCAGAUCCGAUAAUAGCCUCUCGUCAACCCGAUUCGAACGAAGACGUUGUUAAAAAGGGAAACGAACGUUCUAUUAAUUUAAAAAAAAUAAUUAACAAAUUUUUAUUGAGACGAACUCGAAACAUAUUAAAAAAUUAUUUACCUCCCAGACAUGACAUUGUAGUUUUUUGUAAGAUUACAGAACCUCAAAGAAAUAUGUAUAAUUCAUUGGUAAAUUCAUUUUUAAACGCUAAGGAAAGUGAAGAAUUUAUUGAAGGAUCGUCUCAUCUUGAACUUAUAACAUCAUUAAAAAAAAUUUGUAAUUAUCCGUCAUUACUGAAUAAAGACGAUAAUUACUUGGAGAAAAUCGAUAUCGACACGAGCGGAAAAUUAAAAGUAACCGUUAAUUUUUUAAAAGAAUUACAAAUGACGUCAGUCAAAGAAAAAGUUUUAAUCGUUUCAAAUGCAACACAAACUUUAAACUUAUUGGAAAAAGUUUUUCACGUUCUCAAUUACUCUACGUGUCGUUUGGAUGGUAACACGCCGUCAGCACAAAGAAAUAAAAUCGUAGAAGAUUUUAAUACGUCACGUGACUUAUUUAUUUUUCUAUUGAGCUCAAAAGCUGGAGGAGUCGGUUUAAAUGUCACCGGCGCUUCCAGGCUCAUACUAUUCGAUUCAGACUGGAAUCCAGCAACUGAUCUUCAAGCGAUUUCCAGAAUAUGGAGAGACGGUCAAAAGUUUCCCGUUUUUAUAUACAGGCUUUUGACGACUGGAACAAUAGAAGAAAAAAUUUAUCAGCGUCAAAUAAGCAAACAAGGUCUUUGCGAGGGUACAGUCGAUCCAAAAAGUAAUAAAUCAAUAAAAUUAUCUAAAGAAGAAUUAAAAGAACUUUUUUUCCCAUGCGAAGAGAAAGAUAUUAAAGAUUGCUUAACGCACGAUUCAUUGUCGUGCGAUUGUACAGGACAAGGAGAAAUUCCAGCUCCCAAUAACGGUGGAGAAGAAGAAGAAGAGGAAGAAGAGGAUGAUGGUGAUGACGAAAACAAAAGUUGUCGAAUUUAUAAUAAAACAAUCAAAUCCGCGUUGAAAAUAUCAGAAUUAUUUCAUUGGGAACAUCAUGGGAAUCCCUUCGAUUCGGAUUUUUUAAAUCGUUUAUGUUUGGAAAAAAGCAAACAACGUAUAUCAUACAUAUUUCACAAUCGUAAAAUAUAA